AUCCACAUCAGCAUCUAUUCCCUAAAAAAUCCACAUCAGCUUUGGCGGCUACACUUCUCACAUUGCAUUACUAACUAUUCUCUUUCUCUUCCAAAAGGAUUUCUCCUCUUCUUCCGAAACGGUUUCCACAUAAUUUUUUUCUUUCACACCCGGGUCUCUCCAUCUUUCCGAACGAGUCUCCUUUCUCCCUCUCCAACCAAAACGACGGCGCCUCCACUCUCCUUCUCCGGAAAACCGCUCACUUUUUCUGUUCCGAUUCAUUUCCAAAGAUUCGAUUCUGCACUCCUUUGAAGCUUUCUUAUUCCUCUUUAUGUAUUAUCGAUCGAUAGAUCGUUACACACUGUUUUAUGUAUUCUGAAUUUUUCUUAUUUUUCCUUCGAGUCAUCAAUUACAUCGUUUAAUUUGUGUUUUGGUUUAGGACUAACAAUUGUUCAUCAAUUAUUCCUCCUUUUCUGCUGUUUAUUUGUUCAGUUAUUUUGCUGUUCAAUUGGUUUAUUUGAUUGCUAUUGUUGUGAUUUGUUGAUGCUGAUUUAAUUGAUGAUUUGAAUGUGAUAAAUCUUCUUACUGAUGUGUUUUUGAUCGGUUGAAUUUUGCGGAAUGAACAGGUAUCUGGACCUGUCGUGGUGGCAGAUAGUAUGAAUGAGGUCGCUAUGUAUGAAUUGGUGCGUGUUGGUCGUGAUAAUCUCAUUGGUGAAAUUAUUCGUUUGGAAGGGGCUCCGAUGCUAUCUAAGGUUCUGCAUAAUUUCACACUAUGAUACAAAUCCAAGACGAAACGAUGAGAACUCCGGAAACAAAAACUCAGGUAAGCGUUCAAUCUUGAUUUUCGCUUCCGAUUCUCACUUCCUUUUACUUCUAUGAUGUAAUGCUUUCUAACUCCUCUGUUAAAUUCUUGAGUUAUUAUGAUAAGCAAUGUUGUAGUUUCAUCAUUUCACUAUACAGUCUUUUCAAUCAUGGGUUGAUUUCAUUAUAGUGUUUUAAGCUACGCUGUUAAUCUUCCUGGUGAGUUUCUGUAUUUCUUUGUUCUUUGUAUUUGUUGUUGGAUAUGGAUCUAUAGGAGUUGUGUGUUACAGCGGUUGAAGGUCUUAAUGAUUUGAAUUUUAUGUUUAAUCCAAGUGUUAUUCGUUAUAAGCUGUUUACAAUGUUAUUUGUCAUGAGGAUAAUCCUCAACUCAGAACAGACAUGGAACUGUUAAGGAUCACAAAAGAAAUUGAGAAGGAGAACUACUGCAUUUUGGAAUCUCAAAUUCAAAUGCUCUUAGGUCGUAUCAGAAUCCAGAGUGUCCUCAAUUUGCAGAGGAGAAAAUCUUCUGCAUUGGUGCCCACAAUAAACAGCAUGUUUUGAAAUGGGAGAAUAGUAUGGCAUGGCAUGGAAAACUCACUCUUACUGAUAAAGCAAUCUAUUUUGAGGAUUACGAAUCGAAAAGAGAUUAUAUCAUCAAGUUGCUUGCAGGGGUGGGUUUUAAAAUACAGUUGAGCAACUAUAAUUAUUUUGAGGGAGUUCUUUACUGCAACCCACACUUUGAUCAACUAUUCAAGAGAAUUGGAAGCCUUGAAAAGAGCUUUGAAGGGACACCAAAAAUUGCAAAACCAAAAAGGAGUAGUAAUAAUGAGGUCCAUGUUGCUGCACGGCCAAUUCUUAGUCCCAUUGAUCUUCCUUUACGGGAAAUUAGAACACGUGAAUAUCAAGUUUUUGAUCAACAGGGAGAUUCUAUAGAGGUUCUAAGAAGGCUACUAUAUCAAAGGCUAGGAGAUAACUACUCAAUUUACUCAAUCUACAAGAUGGGACAUCUUGCAAAGGAUUUCAAAAUUGGAGAUCCAAAAGGACGUCCAAGAAUGAUAGGUGUUGUGGUUUCACUUAUGAAACUAAAUUCUACUAUUGAUGAUGGAAGGACGUGGUGAUGUUUUGUUUAAGAGAUGUGAGUUGAAAGUCGUGACGAGUGAAUGGGGACAACCUGAUUCGGUGUUUGCGGAUUUGGCUGAGUCGGUAUCAGUUGAGACUGAAGAAGACAUGGAUUUGUCUAUAUUAACAAGUGUGGAAUUGAAAAAGCUCUUUCAAGGAAAUAAGAUAUUCCCUCAGCAAGGGGCUCGAAUUGUUGGGAUAAAGUAAGAAGAUACUCGCCAACACUGGUCACAUAGGACUGUGGAUUUGCACUGAAGGUACAUGCAAGAUGGAAAUGCAGUGGCUGUUCCUAUGGCUCUAGGCCUUGAAUACACAUCAGGUUUAGCUAUCCAAGAUUGAAGAAGACAAGGAUUUGUCUGUAUUAACAAGUGUGGAAUUGAAAAAGCUCUUUCAAGGAAAGAAGCAAUACCGCUUUCGGUGUCAAUGCGGUAAUUCUCUUCCUGGAAAUGGUUUUCAAACUGAACGUGGUUAAGUUUUUGAUAUCGGGGAGCAUUUUAUCGGCAAGAGAGUUUUACUGGAAGAGACCUCGGCGUGCUUGCUGCUUCAUUGCAGAAGAAGGUUAGUGGAAGCUUGCGUGUUCUUGAUGCUCUUUGUGGAUGUGGGAUCCGGUCGCUUCGGUACUUGAAGGAAGCCGAAGCGGAUUUUGUUGCUACUAAUGAUGGGAAUGAGUGCUAUGGGAGUACCAUUUGCUAGGCGUCAUUCUUAGUAGACUUGGUCUUAACCUGUUGAGACUACUUGUGCAGAAUAGGAUUGCUGAAUUCCAUACCGAGUUUCAGCCACUACUCUAGAGAAUCCUUGUAUUAAGCAUGCCGUGGAGUUGGAGCAAUCCUUUAUGGAAGGGGAUUACAACCGUGUCUUGAGUGCUCGGCAGACAGUGCCUCCUUUUGUCAAGGAUAUGCAAGAACCCUCAAUAAAUUUUAAUAUUCAACCACCUUUGAAUAAAAUCAAUGACAAAUAUAUAAAAACUUCCCUUAUUACAA